GGGAGGAGCAGCUCUUCUCCAUUGAUCUAGGUCACUGCAAACUACGGAGCAGGAGGAAGAAAUGAAUGUGAGCUUUAAGCCAACAUUAUGUUUCGUCUGCUUUCAGUCAGCUGUCUCUGUGGACUAGAAGAAAAAACAAUGAUGUGCUAAUUCAGGAAGUGGACUGACAACUCAGUUCAUUGCUGGAGUCUCUCUGUGUGUUGUACUUCCUGUUUUGCCAGUCAUGAGAGUGGUUUGUAUUCUGUGCUAAUGCUCAGCAUUUCUGAGUUACCGGUGAGCCUGGCUGAAAAUGAAUGUUUUGGAGGAAGAGGAGGACAGUGCACAAUCUCUCUGUUUUCCUAUGAAGAGAGACCUUUCCAUAAAUGACAGUGAACCUGGACCUGCAGACACAAAAGGUCAGCAGCCCAGGCGCAGAACAGCAUCUGUAGGAUCAGAGUGUCUGUCAGUGAACAGUAACAUUUCCAAAGAGGAUCCUCCAUUCUUCAGUAAUGAACCUGGACCUUCAAACACAAAAGGUCAUCUGGCCAGAAAAGGAACAGAGACUUCAGGAUUCGAGACUCUGUCUAACUUUUCCAGAGAUGAGCCUAUGCACUUCAGUAAUGAACCUGCAGUCUCAAACACAAAAGGUCAUCUGGCCAGAAAAGGAACAGAGACUUCAGGAUUCGACUCUCUGUCUAACUUUUCCAGAGAUGAGCCUAUGCACUUCAGUAAUGAACCUGCAGUCUCAAACACAAGAGGUCAGCAGCCCAGAUGCAGCCCAGCGUCUGUAGGAUCAGAGUGUCUGUCUAUGAGGAGUGACUCUUCCAAAAAGAACCCUAUAUGGUUUAAUAAUGAACCUGGACCCUCGGACACAAAAGAGAAGACAAAGGAUCCUGUUUCCCACUGUGGAGAAACAGCCACAGCCAAGUUUGGAGGACAUAUAGCCGGUCAGAGCAGCACUGUGCAAACAGUUGCUGGUCUGCAGGAGCUUUUAGAUGAACAUAAGAUCAGUCUAAGGAAGAGAUGUGAAACUGUAACUGAAGGAUCUGAUAAAACAGGAAGAAGAACUCUCCUGAACAGAAUCUACACAAAUCUUUACAUCACAGAGGGACAGAGUGAUGACGUUGAUACUCAACAUGAAGUGAGGCAGCUGGAGACAGGUUCCAAGAUGAAGACCCUCCAUGAAAUUCCAAUUAAGUGUCAUGACAUCUUUAAAGCCUUAUCUGACAAAGUGAUCAGAGUGGUUCUGACGAAUGGUGUUGCUGGUGUUGGAAAAACAUUCUCAGUGCAGAAGUUCACUCUGGAUUGGGCAGAGGGGUCAGAAAACCAAGACAUCAGUGUGGUGACUCUGCUUUCAUUCAGGGAGCUGAACCUGAUCAGAGAUGGGCAGUAUAGUCUCCUGGAGCUGCUCCAGGUUUUCCAUCCAACAUUACAGAAGGUCACAGCAGAGAAGCUCGCUGUCUGUAAACUUUUGUUCAUAUUUGAUGGUCUGGAUGAAAGCAGACUUUUACUGGAUUUCACUAAGAGGGACGUCAUGUCUGAUGUCACACAGAAGUCAUCGGUCAAGAAUCUGCUGACAAACCUCAUUGAAGGUAAUCUGCUUCCUUCGGCUCUCAUCUGGAUAACUUCCAGACCAGCAGCAGCCAAUCAGAUCCCUCCUACAUGUGUUGACCGUGUCACUGAAGUGCGAGGUUUCACUGAUGAUCAGAAAGAGGAGUACUUUAAGAAGAGAUUCAGUAAUGAAGAGCUGUCCAGCAAAAUCAUCUCCCACAUCAAAUCAUCUCGGAGUCUCCACAUCAUGUGUGGAAUCCCAGUCUUCUGUUGGAUCACUGCUACAGUUCUGGAGUACAUGUUGACUGCAGGGCAGAGAGAAGAGCUGCCCAAGACCAUGACCGACAUGUACUCACACUUCUUGCUGGUUCAGACCAAGAGGAAGAUUCAGAAGUACCAUAAGGCUUCUACUCCUGAAGAUCUUCUGAAGCUCGGGAGGCUGGCAUUUGAACAUCUGGACAAAGGAAACAUCAUGUUCUACCAAGAAGACUUGAAGCACUGUGGUCUGGAUGUCACAGAGGCCUCGGUGUACUCGGGACUUUGUACAGAGAUUUUCAAAAGAGAGUGUGUGAUCUUCCAGAAAUCAGUCUACUGCUUUAUUCAUUUGAGCAUUCAGGAGUUUCUGGCUGCCGUUUACAUGUUCCACUGUUUCACCAGUAGACAGAGCAAGGUCCUGGAGGAUUUCCUAAUCCCUAAGUUUUCUAGGACGUCUAGGAAUUUUGGAAAUAAAACUACCCAUGUGGUAUUUUUAGAUGACUUUCUGAGCAAAGUUAUGGAGAAAUCUCUCAAAAGUAAAAAUGGUCACCUGGACCUUUUUGUCCGCUUUCUUCAUGGCCUUUGUCUGACAUCCAACCGGAGACUUCUAAGAGACCUGCUAAGUCAGAAAGAGAGUAAUCCAGAUAUCAUCCAGAAAGCCAUCAGCAACUUGAAGGAGAUAAACACCCAAAAAAUAUCCCCUGACAGAAGUCUCAAUAUUUUCCACUGUCUGAUGGAGAUGAAUGACCUCUCAGUACAUCAGGAGAUCCAAGAGUUCCUGAAGUCAGGAAAGGGAUCACAGAGACUUUCUGUUAUCCACUGCUCAGCUCUGGCCUACAUGCUCCAAAUGUCAGAAGAGGUUCUGAAUGAACUGAACCUGAGUAUAUAUAACACCACACUGGAGGGCAAACAGAGACUCAUCCCAGCUGUGAGAAAUUGCAGAAAGGCUCUACUUUCUAGCUGUGAGCUCUCAGAAGUUCACUGUGAAGUUGUGGCCUCAGCUCUGAAGUCCAACCCCUCCCAUCUGAUAGAGCUGAACCUGAGCUUUAACAAGCUGCAGGAUUCCGAAGUGAAGCUGCUCUCUGCUGGACUAAAGAAUCCAAAUUGCAGACUGGAGACUCUGAGACUGAAGGGUUGUGGGUUGUCAAAGGCCAGCUUUGCUUCUCUGGUCUCAGCUCUUAAGUCCAACCCUAUCCAUCUGAAAGAUUUGGACCUGAGUGCCAACACACUGCAAGAUUCAGGAGUGAAGGAGAUCUGUGGUUAUCUGGAGAAUCCAGGCUGCAGACUGGAAGUGCUCAG